CGAGAGUUCGGAGCGAGCAAUAAAGACUCUUAACAAGCAACCCGCUUCACUGGUGACCCCGACUGCCUCGCUGAAGUCUCAGAGGCAUUUUGAACACUUUAUGCAAUGGCGGAUGCUAGCUUUCUCGAGCUACCGAAGUUCGACGAGUCUUCUGCGGCCGCGUGGUUCGCUAACGCGGAGGAGCAGUUCGUCCUCCGUGGUGUUUCAGACGACACCAUGCGCUUCUACCACGUGGUGGCCGCGCUCGGGUACUCGACGGCGGUUAGAGCACAGCGCUUCGUGGUCUAUCCGCCGAAGGUGGGCAAGUACACGGGGCUCAAGGCGCACCUCCUCAGACUUUAUGAACCGUCGUACAAAUCGACUUCAGAGGCGCCCAAGGUGCCCGCCUCGCGAACCUUGCUGCCCGUGGUACCCGCCAUAGAUGGCGGCACUUCCGCCCCGGUUCCUCGCAGCCGUACUGCUGUCCCGGUACCCGCGCCACCGCCGCGCGCUUCUGCUCUGGCUCUUCCCGACGCCGAAGUUGCUGUCUCGCCUCCGGCCCCGCUCUCGCUCGCCUCGGCUCCGUCGCCGCUCUCCGUCGACGCCGCUGCGCCCGUCCCUGGCUUUCCCGGCUACGGCGCCGUUGCGCCCGCCUGCGGCCUACUCGACGACGGUGCGCCCACCUGCGGCCUACUCGAUGACGGUGCGCCCGUCCCUGGCUUUCCCGGCUGCGCCGCCCUUGCGCCGGCCUGCGGCCUACUCAACGACGGUGCACCCGCCUGCGGCCUACUCGACGACGCCCCGUCCGCCUGCGGCCUACUCGACGACGCCCCGUCCGCCUGCGGCCUUCUCGACGACGCCCCGUCCGCCUGCGGCCUUCUCGACGGCGUCCCGUCCGGCCCUGGUCCCCUCGACGGCGUCCCGUCCGACCCUGGUUUUCUCGGCGACACUUCGCCUCACGACGUCAUUGCUGCGCCUGCUUCUGGCCUUCCUAACGACGCCGCUCCAGCACCUGCGCCUCUGGAAGUCUCCGAGGUCGCCCCUCUACUGGCGCCACUGGACGCCGCCGCCUCUGACCUCACUCCAACGCCUCCGGGAGUCUCCGAGGUCAGCCAUCAGCCUUCGCCGCUGGCCAUCGCCGCUAGCCUUGCUGCUGUGCCGGCGCCUCCGGUAGUCUCCGAGGUUGCAUAUCGGCCAGCGCCAGCGAACGCCGCCCCCGACGUCUCUCCUCGUCCUCCGCCUUUGGACAACGAUGUCGUCGCUCCGGUUUUGGCGUUUCCCCCGCUCCUGCUACGACCGGCCGGCCUGGUUCGUCUCGCCUGUCGCCCUUGUCCACGACCGGGCGACUCCGACCGCCGCGCCGGUCGCCGUCGUCUCCGGCCUCGAACGGCCGAUUCCGACCGCCGCGCCCGUCGCCCUCGUCUGCAGCCUCGACUGGGUGGUGCUGCUCGUUGCAAGUCUCGACCGCUGCUCAGCGACGCGUGCCGCCUCUCUCGGCGUCCGCUUCUCCGGCCGCGCCUGCGUGGUGCUGCACGGCGCGCUCCUCGUCCUGGGCGUCCUCCAGACCGUUCUGCUCGGACGUCCCGCAUCUGGCGUUCUGGACGGCCGCCUGAUCGUCGCGUUCCGUCGCCCGCCGCCUGGCAUCCUGGGCGUCCUCCAGACUGUUCUGCUUGGGCGUCCCGCAUCUGGCAUCCUGGACGGCCGCCUGACUGUCCGUUCGGUCGUUCUCCACUGACGCCCCGGCCGCGCAACCCUUCCGUUCUGUACUGUUGAUUCGGGUUGCGCCUGGCGUCCUGUGUGGGUGAAUUCUGGGGGGACCUGUGUGGUGACCCUUAGUUGGACACAAUUCACCCACUGUACUUGUCUGUUUGGCCGAGCGCGUUACCGGCUGCGUUACAGUCACGUGACGGACCUUAUAAAGAGCCGCGCGCGUUCCGGCUCAUUAGAGAGAGAGAGUGUACGAGAGUUCACAGAGAGUAGCAUGAGCUAACAGCAUUUCGAGCAAUAAAGACUCAAAGCAAAGCAUCCCGCUUCAAUAGACACAUAAAGGAUUACUGAAAACAUCCGGAGUGUGAACCUUUUCAUGUUUAGCUGUUUGGAUAGCGGAAGCGAGCCCAUUUACAAUGCGCCUUUUUUUUUACCGGAAAUUAAGGCAUUUUCAGUUGCGCGCCCUGUUAUUUAGGGGCUUUACGGGACCGCCCCUCUCACCCACUCUGCCUGUGGCGUUAUAUGCGAGCAAUAAUGGAUUUUGAGCACACCUCCAGCUCUUCCCCAAUUUCUCGACUCCUGCGCUUGUCGGAUUUUUUUCUCUGCGCGUUUAAUUCAGCCCACGCUACUAACAUGUCACGAAGCCGACCAAUCAGAGAGCUGGCGGAAGUACACUGUGUUACCAAUUGCACUUUUUGAUAAUUGCAACUCUGCACCAUAGUGUGAAGUGGACAGGCGAUUAACGUGGCUUGUUGUGGUCGAUUCGCCCGGUGCUUACUUCAGAGAGGUGGUGAUGUGCAUAAAAACACAGUGACACGUUGGAUGGUAUUUUGCUGGAGACUUUUAUUAACAAAACUAAAACCAGCAUGGGACACAGCCACUUUUCAUGGCGCUCUUCGCACAACUCUCUCUCAACACCUUGCUCCCUGCCUCUCUUUUUCUUACGCUUAACUAGUA